AUGUUUUAUUCAGAACAACUCCUAGCCAAGACCGGGCCGCUGGCGCGGGUCUGGCUCGCGGCGAACGUUGAGCGCAAGCUCUCCAAGUCACAGAUCCUGCAGUCGGAUAUCCAGAGCAGCGUAGGCGCAAUCGUGGAUCGAGGCCAUGAACCUAUGGCGCUGCGCCUGAGCGGCCAGCUCAUGCUGGGUGUUGUGCGCAUCUACGGGCGAAAGGCGCGGUAUCUGCUCGACGACUGCAAUGAGGCGCUUAUCAAGAUUCGCAUGACCUUCAAAUCGACUAAUAAUCACGACCUUCCGGCCCACGCUACUGCCGCGGUUGAUCUCAACUUACCAGAGUUACUCACCAUUGAUGACUUGUUCUCUAGCAUGGAUUUCACAUUCAAUAUGACCCAACAGCCAGCCAUUACCGAUGGCCAGACCCAAGACCUGGGGGAAGACUGGACCAGCUCGCUGAACCCUCAGCAGACCAGCACGCAAUCGAUGCUCACUCCAGGCGAAGAGCCCUUGUACAAUGAUGACGAUCUCAACCUCGACUUCACGGGCGGCGAUGACAUGGCCAUGAAUGAUACUACUGUCAGCAUCAACGUCGGGCGAAACGCUGCAACCCCCAAACCUGCUGAUGAUGAGAUCUUCGGUGAAGAAGGGCUGCUGCACGAUGAUGAAGACGGCCUCAACCUGGAUUUUGACCAAGAUGUCCCCAUGCUAGAUCAGCCCGAUGUACAGAUGGCUGAUGAUACGCUUCCACCCGUUGGCGAGGAGGAGCCUCUGGUGUCGGGAGAUGACGAGACCCUGCAACUACGACAGACGGCUGAAGACGCAAGGGAACGGAGAGAGACAGAGUCUCCGCUAUCGGAGGCAAACCCAGAACUCCUUGACGAGCUUGAUCGAAGUUUUCAGGUCCAGCUGGCGGAGGAAGAAGAGAUCGAAGAGGUGGCCGCGCAGCAACGACAAAGAAUCCGAAAGCAGAAGCCCAUUGCUCCGGAUGCCGAGACUGUCCUUCACAACAAACAGAUUAAGGCUCAAGCAGAGGAUCGGUCCAAGAUUCUCCGCGCUCCAUCUUUUCUCCCUCGGGACCCUCUUCUCCUGACGCUUAUGAGCAUGCAGAAGAACGGCGAUUUCGUCACCAAUGCCAUGAAUGAUGGCCGCUCAAUGCACUGGGCUUCUGAACUACAGGGUCUGCUAUCUUUCGAAACGGUUAUGAGAUCUGGAGAGCGGAAGCGAAAGCGAGAUAGCGGUAUUGGUGGGUUGAGCGAGGACGAGCACAGUGAGAAGUCGCCGCGGCUGGAAGGUCCUGAGGACGCAGUCGAGGACGAGGCUGUUCAUCUUGACGAGGCUCAACCAUUAACACCAGCUCCUGAUGACCUUCUGCUACAACCUAUGAGCGAGGGAGGCCCUGCUUUGGAAGACGUCGUCCAAGGCGAAGAUGACGAAGGCAUCCACGGCGGCGACGACACGUUUGACGACACCACCAUGCCUCUUGUACAUCCCGCUGACAGUGGUCCAAUCUCGCUCGGCACGAAGCAUGCAGUUCAUCUUCUGCGUGACCAACUUGGCGAUGCUGGAGGAGCUCAUCCUUCUUCACCAGCCAGGAAGUCAGUGCUUCUGCAGGAUCUCGUUCCAGAAGGACGCACCAGCAAGGAAGAUGCGACCAAAAUGUUCUUCGAGGUGCUAGUCCUGGCAACCAAAGACGCAAUCAAAGUCGACCAGGGCAAUACGGCAAUAGGUCUUCCUCUGCGGAUCAGAGCAAAGAGAGGUCUGUGGGGUUCCUGGGCCGAGACCAGUCCUGGUGAUGACCCAACCACAAACACAGCUUCUCAGCAAGUAGCUGCGGCGGCAUAG